UCUGUGGUACAGCGAUCACUUUCGAUUUUCGCUUAUGUCUGAUGUGAUUUUAGAUGUUUUGGAGUUGUUCGUUGUGAACAUUGGGCCAAUUAAACUAUCGUGAAUUAUAAAAUAUUGUGGAAACUGCGCUGCUUAUUCCCACUAAGGAUAUGCCGCCAGUAAAGGAUGAAAUGUUAGAAGAAACGAAUUGUCUAGAAAUUAUAAACAUCACUGAGAAGAGUCCCACAAAAAACAGCGCUCUUGUAGACGUAAGGGCUUGUAACAAACCUGUCGCAAAGGUAUGGUUCCGUGGUGUCAGGAGUUCCAAGUUCCGCCACGUGUACGGCGUGCCGUUUAAAAGGGAGCGUUGCUAUGACAACGUAAAGAUAACGCGGAAUGCGCACGAUUCCAAUUUCUGCGCGGUCAACCCUAAGUUCGUUGCUAUAGUUACCGAGGUUGCCGGCGGUGGCGCUUUUCUUGUGCUACCCCUAGAUCACACCGGUCGUUUGGACUUCAACGCGAGCAGAGUUACAGGUCACAAAGGCCCCGUUUUGGACAUCAAGUGGAACCCGUUCAACGACAACAUAAUCGCUUCGUGCUCUGAUGAUUGCACGGUUAAACUAUGGCACAUACCGGACGGUGGUCUCUCAAUGCACUUGACCGAGUGGCUGGUGGAACUGCACGGUCACAAGAGACGCGUCGCCUACAUCGAGUGGCAUCCGACGGCCGAGAACAUACUGCUCAGCGCUGGAUUCGAUUCCCUGAUAAUCGUCUGGGACGUGGGCAAGGGGGAGGCUGUGAAGCUGAUCGACUGCCAUAGCGACGUGAUCUACUGCAUGUCGUUCAACAGGGACGGCUCGCUGCUGGCGACCACCUGCAAGGAUAAGAAACUGCGGGUCAUCGAACCCCGGCGGGGGAUCGUGCUCUCUGAAGGUCACUGUCACUUGGGCACGAAGGCGUCGAAGUGCACGUUCCUGGGCAGCCGGGGUCGCGUGGUGACGACCGGCUUCUCGCGGCACAGCGACCGCCAGUACGCAGUGUGGGACCAGCACGACCUCGCCAAGCCGCUCGUCUGCGAGACCAUCGACAGCUCCUCGGGGGUCGUCUUCCCGUACUAUGACCACGACACUAACAUGGUGUACCUGGCCGGCAAGGGCGACGGGAACAUCAGAUAUUACGAAGUAGUCGACGAGCCGCCUUACGUGCACUUCCUCAAUCAAUUCCUAUCUGGGAACCCUCAGCGCGGGCUGGGCUUCAUGCCGAAGCGCGGGGUGAACACGAGCGCGUGCGAGGUGUUCCGGUUCUACAAGCUGCACACCUCCAGGGGACUCUGCGAGCCGAUCUCGAUGAUAGUGCCGAGGAAGUCCGACUGCUUCCAGGAUGACUUGUACCCCGACACGGCCGCCCCCCUGCCCUCGUUGACUGCGAAGGACUGGUUGAGCGGAAUGAACGCACCUCCGCUCCUAAUCAGUAUGAAAACAGGAGUGACGAUAUCGACGCACAAGCCGAGCACGGGCAACAAGGACGCCCCCGCGCUGCAACCUCAGGACGUGAACAACAGAAAGAAGUUUAUGUUCCUCUCGCGCGAAACCACACCCGACUACCGCCCUCUCAACGCCUGCCCGAACGCACUCAAUCACAACAAUGAAAAUGAGAUACAAGUGAACGAGAAAUCGCAAAAGACGAACGCCAAUCAGAACACGAAGUUCCAUCAGCUUCAACGCAUGUUCGGCAAGCAGACGAACGACGCGGAGCCGGUGCCCCUCUACAAGCAGAUCAACCAGGGAGACGUCUUCAGCACCGAGCACGAGCUACGCCUGGCCUUCAAUCGUCAAGGAGAAGAACUCAGGAUCGUAAAGAGGCAGCUUCAGAACAGUCAGCAGAGAGUGCGGGAGCUGGAACAGCACGUCGCCGCUCUGCAAGCCAAGCUGCAGUGAAACGGAUAUUGCCAUUCGCUUAAUACGCUAACAUCAUGAGGCCUUUGAAUAUUUAUUUUAUUUUAGUACUAGCAUAUUAGUGUUGCCACAAGAAGCUAGCUCUCGCGAAUCUUGUCUUAUUUUUGCUAUAGUUGAAUAGGGUUAACGUAAUAAUUCUUGCAAGUUUCUUAGAUUGACAUUGACGUUUUAGAUUUUAUUUGACAGCUACAUACAGACGGUCACGAUUCCUUUGAAUAUUUUAUAUCGACGGAUGAAAGACUAUUUGGUAAUAGCAUCAACAAUUCGAUAUUUAUAAUUUAUUUACAAUUGAAGACAUCAGUGGAUGAAGGGGAUAUGAUACAAAUUCUUAAUUUUGAGAAACCGGGCAAUAAAGUUUUGUUACUUGCACUUUUAUUUCGUACAUAACUCCUUCGUCAUAUGCAAUUUCUAAAAAUAGCCUUUCAACCCGGAGCUUUAAGGUCUAAUAUAGUUUAUGGGCACAUAACACUUUCAUUAAAUGUAAAAACUCAAAAAUCUUAAAAAUUGUACUUAACCGCUUCAUCCACUCAUGUCUUCAAUUAUGUUUACAACAUUAAAAUAGCUAAUGAGCAAAAAAUUCCCUUAAAUAACCUUACACUCCUCAAUAUAAAGGAAAUAUGUAUCUUUAAUCUAUACAUUUGAAUGUCAAACACUCGCGACCUCCACGGCUAAGGGCUACUAAAUAAUAAAAGUUUACUCGUAUGGUCGUUAAUUACACGUUUUAUUAUUAGACAUUUAUUUGAAUAGUGUUUCAUAAAAUUGUCAUGAAAUAAUAAAAAAAGUAUUAUAUAUAACUUUAUAAUUUUCUACGACUUUUGGGAUCAAAUAGACAAUGCAUUUUUUACUUUUGACUUUAUGUAGAGUUGUAUAAACAGAAAACCUUUAGUGUUUUUUUGUUGUACAUUAUGAUAUUACCAUGACAAAUAAAUAUUACGUCACAAAUAUUUUUUCUGUGAUUUGAAUUUGCAUCGCAUUUUGUACUGUGCAAUCGAAAUCAGGGUUUUUUUUUAUAAUUUUACUUGUCUGUUUUGUGAUGUCCGUUUUCGGUGUAUUGCACCUUUAUUUCGAGCGCACAUUUUUUUUUUUUCUAUUAAGUUGAUGUUAGUGAUUAUUUUAAGUCUGAAUUAUGAUUAAUGUUACAUGUUAUUAUAUUUUGAUGUUAUUUUUUUUUGUACGAGUUAAUUAAUACAUUCGCUAGCAUGUAAGCUUUGAAUCCAGUAUCCAGUUUUGAAAACAAUAUGAUUGUACAAAAAUUACCUGAUAUUUUGUACAUAAUAUUAGUGCUAAGAAUUUGUCGCUAGAGACGCGUAGGGUUCGUAUUAACCUACAAGCUAAAUUUCUGUAGUGUUGUAGUUCGUUUGACGAAUAUUUAAAACUAUAUUUUAAAACAUGCCUCAAUCGUCAUUCUUCAAUCAAAGGCAUUUUUACCGAAAGCUAAACUUACUAAAUGAUUUUCUUAUAAGUGAAGGUGUUUAUCGCUUUGGUAUCGCUAUUUUGACUUGCUAACUAUGAAAAGAAAAUAUAGGAAUGGAAGUAUGAUUUUAAUAAAUUCAUUUUCAAUUUCGAGGAAUUUAAAAUGACAUUGGUACAGGGUGUAUUGUAAUCGUAAUUGAAGGAGUCUAAUGGAAUACACCUAAGCUGAAAAAAUAUACAAAUCUAUGUAUCAUUUUUAUACAUUCAUACUUUGUGUCUGUAAGUCAUGAAAAUAAGUUGUCAAUGAAACUGAGUCUGGAACGGUUACAACAGCACCCUGCACCACACUUUACAUUUCUAUAUAAAAAAAAAAGUUUUUGAGCUUUAAUUAUAAUUAUACAUUCCAGUUUGCAAUAUAAUGUUAUUGCAUGAAGUGGUGAUCGGAAAAUAAAAAGUAUUAAUAUGUAUUAGCUGGCUAGUUUGUAAUUACUUGGCAAUGUUAGUGUCAAUGUUUAUUGUCAACAUGUAUUUUUUUAUAUAAUGCUUGAAUGUAGCACAAAUUUUCAAUAAAUGUUUGAAUGAGA